AUGGGUCUGAGCGGAGUGGCUCUCACUCCGCACGUGUGCGCGCUAUUCAUUUGUACGACUCGUAGGCCAAAGGUGUGGACCGCAGCCCGGCAACGUGGGUUUCUAGAGCAACGCCACCAGACCUUUCCGCUCGCGGCUCGGCCGUUGAAGCAGAACCUGUGCGCUCCCACUUCGAUAGCAGGUUUCCCUCGCUUACUGAGACAAUAUCUAAACUGCCCCGGGAAGCAAGGAAACGGAAACGGUAGACCCAAGGUUGGCGUGGUUUCUGCUGGCGUGGCAUUACCUGUAACUGAACAUCAAAACCUUUAA